UGCUCGAGCCCCACGAGGGACGAGCGGCCUUCCCUCGAGGGGCGGCCCGAAGGGCUCACACGGUGCGCGGGGCGCGACCCGCACGGUGCCCUUGGCCGUGGCCGUGUGGAGGCCCAGCCCCGCGCCGUGCGCUGCCCCCCGGGGUCACCUCCCGGGAGCUCCUGAGUCCUUCCGCGGCUGGCCCGGAGUGUGGUUCCGACCGCACUGCCGGCAGCGAGGGGCCUUCUGCUGGAGUACAGCCUCGCUCUGUAAUGGGGAGCGGGAUUUAGGGAAGUGGCGUGGUUUGGAUUUUGCAGUCAGAAUGCUAAUGCUGUCACCUCCUGGUUAAACAUCGAAGUCCUUCAUGCAGUCAGAGCUCACAAAACACCCAUUACCUUGUCUGGAGCACGUGUGGACGUUAGGGGAUGCCUGCAGGCAGAGUUGGCAGCAGCUGUCCAGUAAUUCUUGUAUUGCACGAUAAGGCAGGUUGGGUCACACCUGCUCCGGCAACAAACAUUGGGCUCACAUGCUUCGGAAAUUAAAGCACCCAGAUAAAACAAUUUGACUCCACUGUGAACUAUUUGGUAGCUGAUUAGAGCUAAAGAAUCCCUUUUUCACCAUCUCAGUAGCAUUUAGGUAUAAUCUGUAGGUAGUGUCUGCUGUUUCAUGGAGCAUUUGUUCAGGUCAUUGAAACUGUUGCACUAACUAAAUAUAAAUAUGUAGAUUUAUGUGUGUUUAAUAUGACCCUUGUAUUAUCUUUGGUUUAGCUGAGCUUUGUAAAAAAGACAUUUUGGCCAUAUCUCUUCCAUAAUAUUUGGUGGCUUCUUUUGAAAUGGGUGGAUUUUUUUGUUUAUUAUGAGUUUUUGCAAAUUUACUGUUGAAGAAGCCUAGCAAGUCAAAUUGACCGUUGAUGAGUCCAUGGAAUCAUUUAUUACAGGAUUUCCUACCUUAUCCCUGACUAAACUGCACUGAUCAAACUGCUGUUGACCUUUUUGUUUCCAUUGUGGUGUGUUGGUGCUGGCUGGACACCAGUGCCCACCAGAGCCUCCCAUCACUCCCCUCCUCAGGGGAACGGGAACAGAGGAUAUACUAGAAGCUCAUGAGUUGAGAUAAAACAGAGAGAGAUCACUCACCAGUUUCCAGCACAGGCAGAACAGACUUGACUUGAGGAAAUUACUUUAUUGUCAAUGAGAUUACUGUCAGGUAAUGAGAAAUAAACCCAAAUCUUUAAACUGCUCACCCCACCUCUCCCUUCUUUCCAGGCUCAGCUUUAGUCCCAGUUUUCUCUGCCUCCUCCCUCCAGCAGUGCAGGGGGAUGGAGAAUGGGGCUGUAGUCAAUUUGUCUCACACUGUCUUUGAUUCUCCUUUGACUCCUCACUCUCUUCACCUGCUCCAUUGUGGCAUCUCUCCCACAGGAGACAGUCCUUCUUCCAUGAACUACUUUAGCCUGAGUCCUUCCCAUGGGCUGCAGUUCUUCACAAAAUGCUCCAGCUUGGAUUUCUUCCACAGGCACACUCCUUCAGGAACAGUUUGCUCCAGCCUGGGUUCUCCAUGGGGUCACCAGUCCUGCCAGCAGACCCAUUUCAGUGUCAUCUCCUCUCUCCAUGAGGCCAUGGGUCCUGCCAGGAGCCUGCUGCAGCACAGGCUUCCAGCCUCUUUCAGGCAUCAGCCUGCUCUGGCACUUCCUUUAAUAUUCGUAAUUAAAAUGGCAAAAACAACUGAUCCUUCUGAGAAACUGAUCAUCCACUCCAAAGCUCACAAAGAUACCAUCCUAGCUAAUUUUGAAGAACAAAGGAAAAAGGAUUUUCUUUGUGACAUUACUCUGAUAGUGGAGAAUGUGCAAUUCAGAGCACAUAAAGCUUUGCUGGCUGCCAGUAGUGAGUACUUCUCAAUGAUGUUUGUAAAUGAGGGUGAAAUAGGGCAGUCAGUUUACAUGUUGGAGGGAAUGGUUGCAGACACCUUUGGAGUUCUGCUAGAAUUUAUUUACACUGGUUGCCUCUGCGCCAGUGAGAAAAGCGCAGAACAAAUCCUGGCCACUGCAGAGCUGCUGAAAGUAACUGACUUGGUAUGGGCCUGUACAGACUACCUGGAGAGCCGCAGCCCAGGCAGUGCAUUGCCAGCUCCAGCUGAAAGUGUGGCCUCUGUUGUUGCAAGUGACAGGAGAAAUGAUGAUCCACCAAAGCGAAAACGGGGGCGACCAAGGAAAAUCAAGGUUGUCCAAGAAGAUGAAGAAGAAGAAUCAGUGGCAAAUUCCGCCGAAGAUGGGCAGCUGAGAGAGAACAACUCCAUGCAAAAUGAGCAGAAUUAUAUGAAGAAAAACACUGAAGUAGAAGAAACAGUUGCCAGUGAACAGGCUUCAGUGAGGAAAGAUGGAGAAGAAACUGAACCUGCUUGUGGCUCAGAGGCUGCUGUUGAUCUAUCAGCUGAGAAAGAUGAAAACUACGAUCCCAAAUCUGAAGGAAUACAGAGCACUCAGAGCCGUUACAGCAAACGUAGAAUAAGGAGAUCAAUCAAACUAAAAGAUUAUAAACUUCUUGGGGAUGAGGAUGAGAAGGGACUGGCAAAGAGAACUGAUGGAAAAAGAAAACGCGUGGGUUCUGAAGCUCGGUGUAAAGACUGUGGCAAAGUAUUUAAGUACAAUCACUUCUUGGCUAUUCACCAGCGAAGCCAUACAGGGGAGCGCCCUUUUAAAUGCAGCGAGUGUGGCAAAGGCUUUUCCCAGAAGCAUUCUCUUCAAGUCCAUGAGCGGAUGCACACCGGGGAGCGGCCGUACACGUGCACCAUUUGCAGUAAGGCUCUGACAACAAAGCAUUCUCUUCUGGAGCACAUGAGCCUACAUUCAGGGCAGAAGGCUUUUACCUGCGAUCAGUGUGGGAAAUACUUCAGCCAAAAGAGACAGCUCAAGAGCCACUAUCGACUACACACAGGCCGUUCACUGCCGGAAUGUAACCAGUGUCGUCGUAAAUUCAUGGAUGCAGCUCAGCUAAAGAAACAUCUAAGAACACACACAGGUGAGAAGCCCUUCACUUGUGAGAUUUGUGGCAAAUCAUUUACAGCUAAAAGUUCGCUUCAGACUCACAUUAGAAUUCACAGAGGAGAAAAGCCAUAUUCUUGUGAUAUAUGUGGAAAAUCCUUCUCUGAUUCCAGUGCUAAGAGAAGACAUUGUAUUUUACACACAGGCAAAAAGCCUUUUGCCUGCCCAGAAUGUAGUUUGCAGUUUGCUCGUCUGGACAACCUGAAGUCUCACUUGAAAAUUCACAGCAAGGAAAAGCAGUUUCAGGAAGCCAGCGCCGCCCCGAGCACCAAUGCUCAUCCGGAAGAAGUGAGAAACAUUCUCCAGCUGCAGCAGUACCAACUUGCCACCUCGGGAGGGCAGGAAAUUCAGCUGCUGGUUACAGAUGCAGUACACAACAUCAACUUCAUGCCCAGCCACAAUCAAGGCAUCAGUAUUGUGACUGCAGAAAAUGCCCCCAGCAUGGCCACAGAGCAGGCUGCGAACCUCGCGCUCCUUGCGCAGCCGCCGCAGCAGCUGCAAAACUUGUUGCUUUCAGCUCAGCAGGAGCAAGCAGAACAAAUUCAAAGCAUCAAUGUGAUUGCAAACCAAAUAGAGGCUGCCCAACCUGAACAAAUGCAUGUCAUCACUCUUUCCAAGGAAGCGCUAGAACAUCUCCAUGCUCAUCAAGGACAAAAUGAACAAAUCCACUUGGCGGGAUCUUCACAUCCAGCCCAGCACGUGCAGCUGGCUCAGGAAUCAAGUCAGCAGUCUCACUCUAGCCACAAUACGGUUCCUUCCCAUCAAGCCAGUGAAGAACAGAAUCAAAGUGUACUUGUUUCUGAAUCCCAGCAGCAGCCUCUGUCAGUAAAUGAGUCAUCUCAUGAGCACCCUGUCCAAGAUCAGGCUUUCUAAAAUGCUUGUAAGCAGAGAGCUAGGCCAGAAAGUGCUUCUCAUCCAAGCAGAGAUUACACAUGUCACAUAUGGGGUUUUUGCAACAUAAGCUAUCCAAAGAUGCAUUUCUUGAUGAUUUUGGAUGAGUGACUCAAUUUCCUUAAUCAUAUUUGUUUUAGACUACUUUGUUUUUCUGGACUGGUAUUUCUUUACCAGACUUAGUCCUCACAAGUAUCUCACAAGCAAUUAAAGUGGGGUUUUGUGCCUCAUACACAUCUCUGCCUCCUGAGGAGAUAUUUAGCCCUUAUUUGCAUUUCUGAGUGACUCUUCAGAGAAGUUCACCUGGCUGGUAGGAGAACAAUGUUUAGGACAUCUGCAGAUCACAAAUUACCAGUUCUCUGUCAAACUUAGAAUUAUACCUGAGUUACUGUCAAGCUUAAGACAACCAGUACUUUUUGCAAAGCUAACACCAUAUUUCUUAUGUUUAAUGAGCUUUCUCUCUGCAGGUUAAUGUAUAAUUCUCUAUGUAAUCAUUCCCUGAAGUGCAUUAUGAGUUACUGACUACCAAAUUCAUUUGGUUUGGGUUGAAACUUGCAGCCUUUAACUAGCCCCAAAUCUUCCCUCCUGUUUACUGUGUGCUGUACACAUCUUGCUCCUCAGAAACAUUUAAGCCAUUGCACUUGAAUAGUGGCAAUGAGAUGUGAUGGUUACACUGGAGAACUGAAACCCCACCGAUUCUGCUCUGUUAGUUCUGCCACUCAUUCUCUGUGUGACUGUGGGUAAGGUAGUUGACCUCUGUGCCUUAUUUCCAUCAUCUAGCAAGUGGGGAUAGUGUUCACACACUCUGCCAAGCACUUUGAAGAGCUCUUGAUGUUGAAAGCACUGUCUGUUGAAGUGCAGAACCCUCUUCCUGACAGGAUUCUGUCUAAGCUUAGGAGCCACUGUAUAUUUAAAGUGUUAUUUUUUGUACUUUUGAGAGAAGAACGUAAUCUUACUUUAAUAUAUGUUACGACUGGUAAUUGCUUAUGUGAGAAUUCAAACGAUGAAGAGCAUCACUUCAGAGCGUAACAAAUUACAUAAAUGGGGCACAUCACUUAAAGUUGUACAGCUAUUUUUGGUGACUAAAUUAGAUGUGUACAGAUUGUUUUCAAUGACUGACUGCUAACAAAAAAGAUUUGACAUCGUAAUAAAAUACCUUGCCAAAAUACA